AUGCAUUUUUUAUUUCUUUUAGUUUGUCCUUUUGCAAUGGAUUUGGCUUUCUUGUUGGAUGCCUCUGGUAGUAUUGGAUCAGUUAAUUACGAGCAAGUGAAAGCGUUUAUUAUCAAGCUCAUUGAAUAUUUCCAAGUGUCCAGCGCGGGUAAGAAAGUUGUGCUUGAAAAGUCUUUACGAUCAUCAGUUUGUUCUCUAUUCCUAAGUCUCUCCUUAAUACGGCAUUUGCAUAGAGAGUAUUUUAAAAGGGGUUACGGUCAAGAAAACUCAGUUUCUACCUGUUCACUGAUUAUAUUUACAGGUACUCACGUGGGCGUGGUCAGUUUUAGUUCUAGCGCAAAAACAGAAAUUCUUUUUUCAGCUGAACAAAACGUGAAAGUAAUAAAGGCGUCGAUUCUGAACAUCACAUAUUACACUGGCAGCACUCGGAUUGAUCUGGGACUCCAGAAGUGUCGUAAGGAGUUGUUUACUGCUGGCGGUGGAAUGAGAUCAAAUGUACCUCAAGUCCUGUUAGUAAUUACUGAUGGAAAAAGCACUGGUAAGUCCAUGCACGAAUUUUUUAAUUUGUUCUUAAUUUAACAUUCCUUUAUGGUUUUAACAGAAUCACUGUGAAAUUUAUGCCGGCACUUUAUCGACAUUCAAACACGAUGCGAUGACUUACCAACCUGUGAAUAUGAAACUGUAGGGGUUUGUCCUGGCCUCCGAGUGUCUCUCGUAGAUCAUCGUAUCCAACACUCCGUUAAUUUUCCUUGAUGUAAUCUAGCUGUGAUGUAUUCUUCACAAUUCUGCUUUUUAGGCUCAGUUGGUCUUCAAUAAAGCGUAGCGGCCUACUACGGGACAAUAGACCAGAAAUGUUGUUAGUUGUUAUUUGUGUGUUGUUAAGAACAGAACCGAAUUUUAGCCCUUAUCUGCAUUUCCUUAGAGCACAGAUUUAUCCAAAUCUUUGACAUCCCCGCAAUAUUCAAUCAAUUUUUCGUAUACGUUAGACAACUUUAAAAGCUUUCAUGCAAUGGACGUGAAAUAAAGAAAUAAUAUAAAACAAUCAUUUUCACAUCGAUAGCUUCGCACUUAGCCUCGCUUUGAAACAGAGGCUUGAGGCAGUUCGAAAAUGGCCUAUUAAAUAGCAUAUGCGAAAGGAAUGGUCUGCGGAGGUAACAGUCCAUACCAAAAUCCUUAUUGUCAAAUAUUCAAUAAACAGGGUGCUCCAUUCCUGAUUUAGUCUUGAGAUGUGCUUACCAUAUGAUUUUUUAUCACACACAGAUGGACACGCAGCGUCAAAGGAAGAAUCUCAGCUGCUAAAGAAAAAAGGGAUUGUCAUAUUUGCAUUGGGAUUAGGUUCCAAUGUGAACUCAGCCGAAAUAAACGCCUUGGCGUCUGAGCCCAAUCACGUCUUUCAUUACUCGUCUUUCAGACAAAUGUUGCCAACAGAUAACGGAUUAAGGAUUGCACUAGCUCUGUGCUCAGGUAAGCAACAGCCUAUGUACGCAGGAGGGAAUGUUCCUCUUGAUCGCGAGAGUGAGGUUUUUGGAUCGCCAUAAUGUGACGUCAUACUAUCGAGCAGAAGAAAGGGUCAUAAAACUUUUAUAAUCGAUCGGAAAACAGAAGGUUUACCGCCUACCUACUUUGUAUAAAAGGCGUUAGUAUUAAGUAUAGAUCACAUUAGUUGAAACACUUUUGACAUGUGUGCGAUUCAAUCUUAUUUGUAUUUAGUUAUUUAAUUAUGUAAUACUCAUUUAGUUUUUUAUUUUCAUUUUCUUCAUUUUCUUCAUUUUUUUAGUUGGCAGGACUUCCAAUGCGUUUGUCCACCCGGUGGUUACUCAUCGCUCACUCAAGAGUCACACUCUGGCGUCACGAAGUGCUUACGAUGACUUCGAGUGCGCCCUCUUCUGCAUAUCACACAGUUCGUGCUACUCGUUCAAUUUUCACUCGCCGUCACGUCACUGUGAGCUCAGCUAUGCUAGAAGAAAUCUUGCUGCUGAAGAUUUCGUCGUUGAUAGAGACUUUGUCUACAGCGAAUUACAGUUUGAAUGA